GCGCGUGUCGGCUGUGGGCGGAGUCUUCCAAUGUCGGAAGUGAAGUGCGCAACUAUUUCUCAAGCUGAUCACAUAUAAUAAUACACACGCUUAACACACAACACAACACAACACACAAUCAUCGCUUAAAGUCGAUAUGGCGCUGAACCGAAAUCACCACCCGAACGGAGGAAUCCUGAUCCAGGCCGGAGAGAGCAUCUUACGAGAAUGUAAGAACGUUGAACUUUCCUUCGGUGACGUCACACCAAAGAACGACAUCUUCAAGGGAACCAAGAAGGGCUCGGUUUACCUCACUCAAUACCGGAUGGUGUUUUUGAGCAGUCACAUGAAAGAAAAGUUUUGCUCCUUCAUGUUUCCUUAUUACCUGAUGAAGAACUGCAGCAUCGAACAGCCGGUUUUUGCUGCAAACUACAUCCAGGGUUUGAUCAAAGCUGAGGGAGGAGGUGGCUGGGAAGGUCAAGCAAACUUCAAGAUGUCUUUCCCGAGCGGAGGUGCUAUAGAGCUUGGACAACAUCUCUUUAAACUGGCCAGUAACGCAUCUCGGGCCCCUGCGAGUCACAACAAUAACGGUGCGUUCGGUUUGGCCCAAGGGAUGAAUGGAUAUCCCAGUCCUGCCAUGCCACAACCAUACCCGUAUCCCAGCAUGCCACAGCCGUACCCGUAUCCCAGCAUGCAACAGGCAGGGUACAACAACCCCACGGGUGUGUAUCCCAGUGCUCCCAUGUACAUGCCCCCGCCUCCUCCAUACCCCGGACCACCACAGAACUGGUGCGCCCCUCCAGUCGCUCCAGUUAAUGGUAAAGCAGCAGAAGCGGCCAGCAGCGCCUUUUACAAUCCCAGUAACCCUCACAGCGUCUACAUGCCUACGGAUCAACCUCCUCCAUAUUACCCACCUGAGAACCCAGACAAGAAGAACAACUGAAGCAGACGCGUGCGUUUAUUCAUGAUCUCUUCUGGGUUUUAAGUUUUAAUGAUAUUAUUACUGAAACAGGUUUCCAGCAUUUAUAUAUGACCAUAAACAACUAUUUCCAUUUAUAUAGGACUCUUACUUUCAGUAUUUAACGGUGUAAGAAAGACAAGAUUACUUUAUAUGAUUUCUAUUUCUGCUAACUCUACAUUUCUUUAAUGAUGUAAUAAAUAUCACACAGAAGCUGUAAUUUAGCUUUGUGUGGUUGUGUUGUUGUUGUUUGAUGUAAUCCAGGUAAAGUUGGUUAAUCAUUUGUACACAAGUGAAUGAAUAAUAUAGAAUAAAUAUAUUCUCUCUUAAA